AUGUGUGGCGGUGCGAUCAUUUCCGACAUCGUUCAGCCUAGCCGAUCUCUCCGGGCUACUGAAGACUUGCUCUGGGGCCCCACUCUCAAGAAAAACAAAAGCAAUUACUACUCCAAGCCCUUGCGAUCUAAGAUCGUUGGCAUCGAUGAUGAUUUCGAGGCAGAUUUCCUGGACUUCAAGGACUACUCUGAUAACGAGGAAGACGAGGAUGUCAAGCCUCCUUUCGCUUUUUCUGCUUCCAAACAACAGUCUGGGCUUUCUCACGGCUCUAAGCCUGUAAAAUCUGCUGAAUCCAAUGAACAAGCUGAGAUAUCUUCUAAGAGGAAGAGGAAAAAUGUAUACAGAGGGAUCCGGCAGCGCCCAUGGGGCAAAUGGGCUGCUGAGAUCCGUGACCCGAGGAAAGGAGUCCGAGUUUGGCUUGGAACUUUCAAUACUGCAGAAGAAGCUGCAAGAGCUUAUGACACUGAAGCAAGGAGGAUCCGGGGAAAAAAAGCAAAAGUGAAUUUUCCUGACGAAGUUCCGCCCACUGCCUCGGAGCGCACUGUUAAGGUAAACAGUCAUAAAGUACUUCCAAAGGAGAACCUGAAUUCUGUUCAAGCCAGCCUAAACCAGAAUGUCAAUUUCAUGAACAACUCGGAUCAGGAUUACUACAAUUCCUUGUGUUUUGUGGAUGAGAAACCACAGACUAAGCAGUAUGUAUAUGCGGACAGUUACCCUGCUACUGAAGAAGUGGGAGUCAAAUCAUUUGCUCCAACAUAUGGCACGCCUUUAUAUUUGAAUUCUGAUCAGGGAAGUAACUCUUUGGAUUAUUCUGACUUUGGGUGGGGUGAGCAUUGCUCCAAGACUCCAGAAAUUUCAUCUAUUCUCUCAGCUACCUCGGAAGGGGAUGAAGCUCAGUCUGUGGAAGAUGCUAAUCCUACAAAGAAAUUGAAGUCCAACUCUGUGGACUUGGUGUCUGGUGAGGAAAGCACUGUGAAUAAGCUGUCUGAAGAGCUCUCUGCAUUUGAGUCCCAAAUGAACUUCUUUCAGAUCCCUUAUCUUGAAGGGAAUUGGGAUGCUUCAGUGGAUACUUUCCACAAUGCCGGCACCACUCAGGAUGGAGGCAACCCGGGGGAUCUUUGGACCUUUGACGACUUUCCUUCUAUGUUGGGGGGAGUUUUCUGA